CCCUUCCCCUCCCCAAUUCUGCGUAACUUGCCCGCGCUGAUAUUUACAUGGACUCGGUUAUUAACGCUGCACUUGAAGAAAUUUGCUCGCAGCUUCAAAAUGGAUUACCAGUUGCCGCGCUUUGGCCCAGACUUCAACCGGUUCUUUCAGCCUCGAACCUUGACCUUUCUCCUGGUGUUAAAAAAGCCAUAUGGGCCAACCUACUGCGCAUUCCAACCCUGCGGUUUGAGGUUCAGAAUGAGGCUUAUAAUCCCGGUGACCCUUCAAUACAGUCAAUUGAAGAUGCCGAGAAGCUUAAUUUAAAGAUUGUCCCUAAACGGAAUCUCAUAGACAACUUUCUUGGUCUUUACGAAUCGAAUUCUCUGGUUCCAAAUCAAAUGCGCAUCCUUGAGCUGCUUGCCAAUGCCAGAUCACAUGGAAUCACCCAAAGUCAACUUAGUAAACAGCUGCGUAUUGAAGGAAAUAACUUACAUUAUGUAUUAAGGAGUCUCGAGUGUCAAGGGUUGAUUGUGAAGCAGUCUGCUCUUGAAAGAAAGAAAGAAACCUGUGCUGAUGGGGAGUUGAAAAAUUUGCCGUGUGUAUCUACCAAUUUAGUAUACUUGCAUCGCUAUGCAAAACAACUUGGCUCUCAUCAAAGGUAUGAAAUCACCACAGCGGGGCAGAAAUUGAAAAACCAAGAUGAUACUAAUGGAAAUUCUAGUGGAGAGAUGGACGUCCUCAUAAAGGACUAUGCACCUCAAAUGAAAACUAUCUGUGGCAAACUAGUGAAAGCCAAUGGCAAGGUUCUCGUUGUGUCUGAUAUUAAGAGGGAUCUUGGUUAUUGUGGAACUCCUUCAAAGCAUAGGGCUUGGCGAGAAAUUUUGCACAGGUUGAAAGCAGAUAAUAUUGUGGAGCAGUUUGAUGCCAAAGUAAAUGGCAAGGUUGAGGCAUGCUUGCGGCUGCUUGAUUCAAAAACUACUGGAUCUGAAAACGAAGAUAAAAACUUGAACUCCGGGAAGAAAUGCCAAGUCAUGGAACAGUUUGUGGAACUGCCUAUAGAGCAUCAAAUUUUUAACUUGAUUGAUGCUUCAGGAUCAGAUGGCAUCAGUUUAAAAGAGAUCAGUGAGAGGCUUGGAAUUGACCUAAAGAAAAACCACAGCCGACUCCUAAAUAUGUGCUAUAGAUUUGGAAUGAAAGUGCAGGAGGAACAAUGUCAAAAAUCAAAGACAAUUAGAGUUUGGACAUCGAGGAAUUUCAAUCCCAAACCAGAAGCUAUGCUUGUUCACAAGCCUGAUGAAGAUACAGCUGUAGUCCAGAAGGUGCCUGACAGUUCUGCAAUUAUAAUUUCUGAAAAUGUUGAUCCAAUAUCCAAUGGAGAUCCAGCUGGCCCGGGGCAAUUGGAAGAUCCAGCAACUAAUACCAAACUUUCAUGUGGAUCUACUGGAAAUAUUGAGCCUAAUGAUUUUGCAACUCCGUUAAAUUUGCAAGGGUUGGGUCCAAGAUGUACAGUUUUUAACACCACACAUGAUCUAGUCUGUGCUGCAGAUGAGUGGGAUGUAGCAUCAACAAGAACCCCACCUCCUGAUGUUUCUAACAGUGCACGUGAUUUAGUCAGUGCUGCAGCUGAGGGGGAUGUGGCAUCAACAAGAACUCCACCUCCUGAUGUUUCUAACAGCACAUGUGAUUUAGUCUGUGCUACAGCUGAGGGGGAUGUGGCAUCAACAAGAGCUCCACCUCCUGACGUUUCAAAAUUAUUUUUCUCUGGACCAAAUCAAAGUUUUUCUUUCACUGUGAACAGCACUAAAAGGGCAAAAAGGAUACUUGAAAGAUUAGAGGAUGAAAAGUUUAUUUUGAGACCUGAAAUGCACAGGUGGCUUAAUAGCCUUGAGAAGGACAAGUGUGCCAAAAUGGAUCGGAAGACUAUUGAUCGAAUAUUGAAGAAACUUCAGGAACAAGGGCUCUGCAAAUUGAUCACGGUAUACGUUCCAGUUAUUACUAAAUAUUCUGGGCAAAAGCAUUGGGUAGUGGUUGUGCAUCCAUCCAUAAAUCUAUCUCCUGAAUUAUUUGAGAAAAUUCAAGAUAGAGCGAGAUCAUUUGAUGGGUAUAUUCGUAGUCAAGGCACUUCCCAGAGAAAGGACGACGAAUCGAUACCUGUAAUGGAGGAUCUUCAGAAAACUCAAAGUUCGAUAUUCCCUGAUGAACGACCUGGUAAAGCAGAAGCCAUGCGUGCUAAUGGAUUCGUGUUGGCAAAAAUGGUUAGGGCAAAGUUGCUUCACAGAUUUCUAUGGGAUUAUCUAAAUAGGUCAUCAAGCCAUGAUGAUGCUUCAUCACCUGAAGAAUGGUUCAAUGAGCUAAAUAAUCCUCGUGGCAGCUGCAAGUUAUUUUCUCUGGAAGCUGCAAUUAAAGAGAUUCCACUCGAGCUAUUCUUACAAGUGGUUGGGUCCACACAAAAAUAUGAAGAAAUGAUUGAGAAGUGUAAGAUGAGUCUACGUCUUUGUGAUCUUUCUGCAGAGGAGUAUAGGAGUCUAAUGGACACUCAUGCAACUGGAAGGCUAUCAUUAGUUAUUGACAUUUUACGCCGGUUAAAGUUGAUUCGGAUUGCGACUGAUUUACAAUCUAGAGAUGGAGUCAUGACACCAUGUGCUUCUUUUACUCACAUGAUGGAGCUUAAGCCUUACAUUGAGGAGCCCCUUUCAAAUGAUGCAUCAUCUAUCAGUUUCAUUUCUGUUGAUCUUCGACCAAGAAUCAGGCAUGAUUUUGUUUUGUCAAAUAGAAAUGCAGUUGAUGAAUAUUGGCAAACAUUGGAGUAUUGCUAUGCCGCUGCGGAUCAGAAAGCUGCCUCAUUUGCUUUCCCUGGAUCUGUGGUUCCUGAGGUUUUUCGCUUUCGUUCAUGGGCCUCUACUCAACUUAUGACAUCUGAACAACGUGCGGAGCUUUUAAAGUGUGUAAUGAAGAAUGAUUCAAGUGGAAAAAUUUCAUACAAGGACUGUGAGAAGAUUGCUAAGGAUCUAAAUCUCACCUUGGAACAGGUACUCAGUAUGUGCUCCAGCAAGCGUCGCUAUGGUCUCAAUCAGUAUAAAAAUCAAGCAAAUGAGGAUUUAGGGAAUGAGAAUCUUUCAAUAGGUCAAAAAGGAAGGUCAUCUUGCCGCCGAAAAAUAGGUUCUCCAGAGCCGAGGCCGGCAAAGGAUGCAAGAAUAGAUUCAGCAAUUGAUAUCGGGGGGAUUUGCACAGAAGAAGAAGAAGCCAUGUGUAUUGAUUUGGGGGAGCAUGCAACUCAUAUGCAAGAAUUUCAGGAGGAUGAUCAUCAUGAAACUGAGAACACUGAAAAUUGUCAUUCCCUUGUUAGCCAGUGUGUCUUGUCAAAAAUGAAGCCAAGACGGCAAAGGAGAUUCUUAUGGUCGGAUGAAACUGAUAGGCUGUUGGUGAUUCAAUAUGUUAAAAACCGUGCUGCUCUUGGUCCAAAAUAUCAUCGCACUAAUUGGGCCACACUUCCCGAUCUUCCAGCACCUCCUAGAACCUGUCAGAAAAGAAUGAUUUCUUUGAAUCGUAACUUAAGAUUCAGGAAAGCUGUGAUGAGACUUUGUAACUUGCUUGCUGAACGCUAUGCAAAACAGCUGGAAGAGACUCAGAACAUGUCAUUGAAGAAUGAUGAUUGCAGACAGCUUGUACGAUGUCCAUCUAAGGAAGUUGUUAAUAAUUUUAGCCAAAACGUUGAAACUCAAGCAACUAGUUUAAAUGGAGAAGCUUGGGAUGACUUUGAGAACAGAAGCGUCAAGAUAGCCUUGGAUGAGGUUCUUAGAUGCAAGAAGAUUGCUGAGUUGGAAGCCUCCUCUAAGAAAGAUAGAUCUCAAAAUGAAGGGUGGUCAGUUGCAAAUACGCAUGCUGAAGGACAGGAUUUUCAGGAAAAUGAAGUAACUCCACCAGUCAUUCCUAGUGAGCUUAUCCACUCUCAUGAGAAGAACCUUGCAUUUCCUACCCAGAGAUCGCAUCGCCGUCGUCUUGAUAAAAAAUUUAUUAGGUUUUUAAAUUUUAGGGCUAAUGUUAACCAACAAGUGCAUGAAUCAUUGGCUGUUUCAAAUGCGGUGGAGCUAUUUAAGCUUGUUUUCUUAAGCACCUCAACAAACCCACAGGCAUCAAACCUGUUGGCUGAUAUUCUCCGGCGUUACUCCGUGCAUGAUCUGUUUGCUGCUUUUAACUACCUUAGGGAGAAGAAAGUUAUGAUUGGAGGAAAUGGAACUCAACCUUUUGAGCUAUCACAACACUUUUUACAUGGCAUUUCCAAGUCACCAUUUCCGUUUAACACUGGAAAGAGAGCUGUUAAAUUUUCUACAUGGCUGCAUGAAAGAGCUAAAGACCUCACCAAUGUAGGGGUAAAUCUUGCAGAAGAUCUGCAGUGUGGAGACAUUUUUCAUUUGUUUGCUUUAGUUUCAUCAGGGGAACUUUCUAUUUCACCGUGCCUACCAGAUAAUGGUGUUGGAGAGGCUGAGGACUUGAGAAAUACAAAACGUAAGGCAGAUGUUUGUGAGUCUUCAUAUGGUGAUAAAGCUAAGAAACAGAAAUCCAUAUUUGGGGUAGAAGGUGAAGUCAUUUCACGUCGAGAAAAAGGUUUCCCUGGUAUUGUGAUAUCUGCACACUGUGCAGCAAUUUCAGGAGCAGAUACUAUAGACUUGUUCAAGGAUAAAGAUAAUCUUAACUUUGAACAACCUUUUGAGGGGAUUUUUCAACUAAACAAAGAACAAAGUUGUAAUUAUCCUCCUCCUGAACAUAUGCUGGAAAUCGUCAACUCAUGUGACACUGUAUCCAUAGGAGAAAAUGAUAAUGAAUCAUCUUGGGAAGCUAUGUCAGGCUACGCUAGGCGAUUAAUGGUUCCUUCUGAUCAAGAACAGACCCCUGCAAUCUCUGCUGGGGUCUUCAGGAAUGUUUAUGCUGCCAUCCAGAAGGUUGGUGACCAAGGUUUGAGCAUGGAAGAAGUUUCUCGAAUUAUAAAUUUGCCAGGGGUACAUGUAGAUGGAAUUAUUGUUGAUGUUCUUGAAGCAUUUGGACAAGCCUUAAAGGUCAAUGCUUAUGCUUCUGUUCGAGUUGUUGAUGCUUUAUACCGCUGCAAGUACUCUCUGACCCGUGUGUCUGGUUUUCAUCAAGCUGUUCAACUACCUUCCUCAACAAAGACCAUUGAGAAAAUUGAUUCUACACGCAAGCUUUAUGAACCAGAGAAACAAGAUGGUAACCAUGCUAGUUUGCUGAGGAAGAGAAACAACAGCACUGAUCAAGUGCACAAAGUGACGAUUCUUAAUCUUCCUUGCGGGGAUGUGGAUUCUGAAAAUCAAACUUGCAAUAAGGAUAAAGGCUUUAUGCAAGACCAAACUGUUUUGUCCAGAGUCGGUUAUGAGAGAGAAACAGCGGAAUUUUCUUCUGGUGAAUCGCGUGUGCCAAUAUUGCCAUGGAUAAAUGGAGAUGGGACAGUAAACCAAGUUGUCUUCAAGGGACUUAGACGUCGUGUUCUUGGAAUUGUGAUGCAAAACCCAGGGAUAUUGGAGGAUGCAAUUAUACAUCAGAUGCAAGUGCUGAAUCCACAGAGCUGUAGAACUCUUCUGGAAAUGAUGGUUCUGGAUAAACACAUUAUCGUAAGGAAGAUGCAACAAAAUAGACCUGAUGGGACCCCCUUCUUGCUUCAGAAUCUGUUUGGAAGCAAAUCCAAUAAAGAAAAGUUGAUUUGCCGCAGCCACUUCUUUGCCAAUCCCAUGAGCAGUUCCUUCUUGUAGGCGAAUUCUGCUGGGGAACAAUCAAAGCCAAUGUGUAAUACUUCACCUUAGGGCCAAAUAGUGUACAGUAUUUCUGUGUAUUUAUUUUUUUCCCUUUAUAUAUAUGUACUUGUUUCUUUACAGGUUAGUAUUUUACAUUUCGUAGUUAUGAAGGGAUUUGCAUCUGUCA